GAAGUCGUUCCUCCCGAAGAAGACAAACAGCCCGUGGAGACAUCAACGGCGAGCGAGUCUCGCGAAGACACCCGACCAGUCGAGGAACCCUUCGGGCCAGAUGACUUUCUGGACGAUUUCGGAAAGCAGUUUAUAGGAUACACAUUCAAGGAACUGCAAAGGGCUCCUAUCGACUCGCCACAGAAAGAUCCCGAAUUUUAUGUACGUGGACUGGGUGUACGUGGACUGGAAGAUGAACUGGGAGGUCUAUAUCUCAAAUACCUUGAAUAUCAGGUGCAGUAUGAGAGUACAGGACGGUGCCACGGUUGCAUUGUCACCAUGGCGCUUGCUGAAAUGCGCGGUCAUGCAGACCAUUGGAGAGACAGACGCAGUGUGGCUCAUGCGCUGAGCUUUCUUUGGAAAGGGACCCCGGAUGAUGAAAAGCAGUUCAUUCUCGAAAAUUUCCCCGCUUUCAAACUUGUAGAUGAAUAUGCUGCUAAACAACCGUAA